AUAGAGCUGAACGAUGAAGGUGGCGAUUUUGAUCACUUUCCUUUUGGUCACAGCUCACUGCACACCAAUACGAGAACAUUAUUCUGCAAGGCCCUAUCAUCCUUUAUUAUGCUUGAAGCUCCUUCAGAGAUUAUCGAAAUACUGGAGCACCUGCAGGAAACCACCAAUGAGCAGACCUACUACUGUAGUCCCCAUGCCACCAUUUCCACCAGUCUCUCCUUUGAAUCCCGACCAAACAGUCCCUCAUACCCCUGACAGACGUGGAGAUUCAUGAGUCAUAAACUUCUGCAGGAAUUUCAAGGCCAAAGACAACGUCUUCUUCCUCUGGCCGCCUUGUUUAAUACCACAGCUGUAGAGCAAAGAGCUUUGUCUAGUUGCGCCUUUUACGACAGUGUAUCCUUUUCUACAUCGUGGAUAAAAUGA